AUGAGCUUGGAUUUUCAAAAGUACAUGGCUGAAUUGGUGUUCGGGCGGGGUAGCUGCAGCAAGACUUAUUGUUUGCCUUGUGGCAGAGAUGUGCCAUGUGAUUUGCCCUGGCGGGAGAUCAUCGAUAAGAUACACAAGAAAUGUCUUGAACUGAUAUCCGACUGUCGCUUCAACGGCGCUGAGUUUCCAUGCUGCGAAAGGUUCCAACCGGUCGACUCUGAACACGGACACUGCUACACCUUCAAUACUUUGCAAAGCGCGAACCCUGAACAAGACCGCUUGUAUACCGUAAACCUCACUACCGGACCUGGGUUGUUAUCGUUUCGGGCAAUAGAAGACGUUAACGUGGCAGUCCACAGUCCAGAGGAGAUGUUUACCGAACUUUUAGACCCCAAGUACACAUUCAACGUGCGCCCUGCCCCGCAAAGACGGGUAAAUUUUCUGUUCUCCGUGGUGGAAAUGGAAAAUGACCCUGAACUGCUGAAAGAAGAUAUAGCGACAAGAGGCUGCCGCUACCUUGACGAAGUGCCGGCUGAACUUCUACAUACUUACAAAGUGUAUGCGUAUGACGCGUGUCGCUUGGCUGGCGAGACAGAUCUAUCGUUUGAACAUUGUCGUUGUAUCCACCCAGUCCGUCAUCAGUCAUAUGAAAAGUUUUAUUGCAAUUUCACUGGACUGAACUGCUUGACAAACUUUAAAGCAAUGAACACUGAUCUGAAACACAAACACGAAGAUGACGAAGAUUGCUUGCCGUCAUGUGCUGAGAGCGAACUCACAAGAAUACACUUAUCCGAGGGCUGGGUGUAUAAUGACACAACCGCAGGUGCCUUGGUGAGCAUCCGGAUGGUAUCCUUGCCAACUUUGCGGUAUAAAAGAAACUUAGUACGAAACAAUUUGGACUUUGUAGUGUCUGUCGGAGGAAUUGUGGGGCUAUUCUUCGGUGCUUCAUUGCUUAGCAUUGUUGAGAUAUUCUAUCUCAUAUGUAGACCGCAGAACAAGGAACAACUAUCAACUAAAAAUUGAUUAUACUCGAGUAUACUUUGUAAAUUAAUGAAUUCAUGACUAACGACUUUUUUUUGUUUUUUUCAAAGAUGGACAAUCUGGAGGUUGAUGCUUUAUAUAAAUCUUAAGCAUACAUUUUGUUAUAUUUGGCAAUUUGAAAAUGAUAAUAAUUGGCAUUUAAGUAAAUACCUACACUAAUAAAUCCUUUGUGAAUUA